GGAGCCGGCGGCUUUCCCGGGAGUUCGGCGCUUGCAGUGUUUGCAGCCGUGCGGAUGGUGUAGCUGACACUGGCGGCGACCUCUUCUCCCCCGGGGUCCACCCCCUCCUGUCCUGGUGGUGAGGUCCUGGAGGGGAAGCCGAGGUCCGGGAACGUGUGCCCUCCCCCACCCCCAGGGCAGGGGACGGGGCUGGCGGGGGCAGCAGCCCGGGGGUCCGUAGCGUCUCACCUGCGGCCCGAGAGCGUUCCCCCCCUCCCCCCGACCCUCGUCGCCUGCACCCCACCUCCUGCCGUGGAAGGACAACCCCCUCCUAGAGAAGACGGGCCGCUGCGGACGUCCCCCCCCUUCCCCGUCCAGGUCCCGGAGUGACUCGCCAUGACCGCGGUGUGAGCGAGUGGCCGAGCGGUGACACUUGGUCAGAGUCCCCCUUCCGGGUGUUGUAUCCUAGCUAACUGACCCCAGGGUGCGAGCUGCCACCAUGGGAAACCAGCUUGCAGGCAUUGCUCCCUCUCAGAUCCUUUCCGUGGAGAGUUACUUCUCAGACAUCCAUGACUUUGAAUAUGAUAAGAGCCUGGGGAGCACACGGUUCUUUAAAGUGGCGCGAGCCAAGCACCGAGAAGGCCUGGUGGUGGUGAAGGUGUUUGCCAUUCAGGACCCCACGUUGCCUUUAACCAGCUAUAAGCAGGAGCUGGAGGAGCUGAAAAUCCGCCUGCAUUCGGCCCAGAACUGUCUGCCUUUUCAGAAAGCCGCAGAGAAGGCUUCGGAGAAGGCAGCCAUGCUCUUCAGGCAGUACGUGCGGGACAACCUCUAUGAUCGCAUCAGUACCCGGCCCUUUCUGAACAACAUCGAGAAGCGGUGGAUCGCUUUCCAGAUCCUGACGGCGGUGGACCAAGCACACAAAUCUGGGGUCCGGCAUGGGGACAUCAAGACUGAGAAUGUCAUGGUCACCAGUUGGAAUUGGGUCCUGCUCACGGAUUUUGCCAGUUUCAAGCCCACCUACCUUCCAGAGGACAACCCAGCAGAUUUCAAUUAUUUCUUUGAUACGUCCCGGAGGAGAACUUGCUAUAUUGCUCCUGAACGUUUUGUGGAUGGUGGAUUGUUUGCCACCGAGCUAGAACAUAUGCGGGAUCCUUCAACUCCACUUGUGGACUUAAAUAGCAAUCAGAGGACAAGAGGAGAAUUGAAGCGAGCGAUGGAUAUCUUUUCAGCAGGUUGUGUAAUAGCUGAACUUUUUACAGAAGGUGUACCACUAUUUGAUCUCUCUCAACUUUUGGCUUAUAGAAAUGGACAGUUUUUCCCCGAACAAGUGCUAAAUAAAAUUGAAGAUCGCAGUAUCAGAGAAUUGGUAACUCAGAUGAUUCACCGUGAGCCAGAAAAACGUUUGGAAGCAGAAGAUUACCUUAAGCAGCAGCGUGGCAAUGCCUUUCCUGAAAUAUUUUACACUUUCCUCCAGCCCUACAUGGCCCAGUUUGCCAAGGAAACAUUCCUGUCCGCGGAUGAGCGUAUUCUGGUAAUACGGAAGGAUCUGGGCAACAUCAUUCACAAUCUCUGUGGACCCGAUCUGUCGGAAAAAGCGGGUGGAGAGCCUAAAGAAAAUGGUCUGGUCAUCUUGGUGUCUGUCAUAACGUCCUGCCUCCAGACCCUUAAGUACUGUGAUUCCAAGCUUGCUGCUUUGGAACUUAUUCUCCAUUUGGCUCCACGACUAAGCGUAGAAAUCCUUUUGGAUCGUAUUACUCCAUAUCUUCUGCAUUUCAGCAAUGAUUCUGUUCCCAGAGUAAGAGCCGAAGCCUUGAGGACGUUGACUAAAGUUCUUGCUCUUGUGAAAGAGGUUCCUCGGAACGACAUCAAUAUCUAUCCAGAAUAUAUUUUGCCAGGCAUAGCCCACUUAGCCCAAGAUGAUGCUACUAUUGUUAGACUAGCCUAUGCAGAAAACAUAGCUCUGCUGGCAGAAACAGCUUUGAGAUUCUUGGAAUUAGUACAGUUAAAAAAUAUCAACAUGGAAAAUGACCCAACUAGUGAAGAAAUAGAUGCAGUUACACACCCCAAUGGAAAUUAUGACACAGAACUCCAAGCCUUACAUGAAAUGGUCCAGCAGAAAGUUGUCACCUUGUUAAGUGACCCUGAAAAUAUUGUGAAACAAACCUUAAUGGAAAACGGAAUAACAAGGCUGUGUGUAUUUUUUGGCCGACAGAAAGCCAAUGAUGUUUUAUUAUCCCACAUGAUCACUUUCCUCAACGAUAAGAACGACUGGCACCUCCGUGGGGCUUUUUUCGAUAGUAUAGUUGGUGUUGCUGCCUAUGUUGGCUGGCAGAGCUCCUCAAUUCUCAAACCCCUGUUGCAACAAGGCCUUAGUGAUGCUGAGGAAUUUGUCAUUGUCAAAGCUCUUAAUGCCCUCACCUGCAUGUGCCAGUUAGGGCUGCUACAAAAACCACAUGUCUAUGAGUUUGCCAGUGAUAUUGCUCCCUUCCUGUGCCAUCCCAAUCUCUGGAUACGCUAUGGCGCUGUGGGAUUUAUCACAGUGGUAGCUCAUCAGAUAAGCACAGCUGAUGUCUACUGCAAAUUGAUGCCUUACCUUGACCCAUAUAUCACCCAACCAAUAAUACAGAUUGAAAGAAAACUUGUUCUACUCAGUGUUUUGAAAGAGCCUGUAAGCCGUUCCAUAUUUGAUUAUGCACUGAGGUCUAAAGAUAUCACCAGCUUGUUCAGACAUCUUCACAUGCGUCAGAAGAAGCGGAAGGGGUCUCUUCCUGACUGCCCGCCCCCUGAGGACCCUGCCAUAGCGCAGCUGCUGAAGAAGCUGCUCUCACAGGGAAUGACCGAGGAAGAGGAAGACAAGCUGUUGGCCCUGAAAGACUUCAUGAUGAAGUCAAACAAGGCAAAGGCCAAUAUAGUGGACCAGAGCCACCUCCAUGACUGCAGUCAGAAAGGGGUCAUUGACUUGGCAGCCUUGGGCAUCACUGGGAGACAGGUCGAUCUUGUUAAAACUAAACAGGAACCAGAUGACAAACGAGCGAGAAAACAUGUCAAACAAGACUCCAAUGUAAAUGAAGAAUGGAAAAGCAUGUUUGGGUCACUGGAGCCACCCAACAUCCCGCAGGCCCUGCCGAAAGGUGGCGACCAGGAGGUGAUGCAGUCGGGGAAGCCGCCUCGCUCAGAGUCCUCUGCUGGCAUCUGCGUCCCUCUGUCAACCUCCCCGCAGGUUCCGGAAGUGACAGACGUCCAAAGUCGAAAACCAACAAUACAGGUCUUAAGUAGCACGAUCUUGCCAUCCACUUACCAGAUCCGGAUCACAACUUGCAAAACGGAACUUCAGCAGCUCGUUCACCAGAAGCGGGAACAGUGCAAUGCAGAGAGGAUAGCCAAGCAGAUGAUGGAAAACGCUGAGUGGGAGAGCAAACCUCCCCCGCCCGGUUGGCGUCCCAAAGGGCUGCUGGUUGCACAUCUUCAUGAGCACAAGUCUGCCGUGAAUCGAAUCAGAGUCUCUGAUGAACACGCUCUCUUUGCCACGUGUUCCAAUGACGGCACAGUGAAAGUCUGGAACAGUCAGAAAAUGGAGGGCAAGACCACCACCACCAGAUCUGUUCUCACGUACAGCCGGAUCGGGGGUCGGGUCAAGACUCUGACGUUCUGCCAGGGGUCCCACUACUUAGCCAUCGCGUCGGACAAUGCGGCCGUGCAGCUUCUGGCAAUUGAGGCUUCUAAGCUGCCCAAAUCUCCGAAAAUUCAUCCUCUGCAAAGCAGAAUUCUCGACCAGAAGGAGGAUGGCUGUGUGGUGGACAUGCACCACUUCAACUCGGGAGCACAGUCCAUCCUGGCCUACGCCACCGUGAACGGCUCCCUCGUAGGCUGGGACCUCAGGUCUUCGAGCAAUGCGUGGACCUUAAAGCAUGAUUUGAAGGCCGGCCUCAUCACCUCCUUUGCUGUGGACAUCCACCAGUGCUGGCUCUGCAUUGGGACAAGCAGUGGCACCAUGGCUUGUUGGGACAUGAGGUUCCAGUUGCCAAUCUCCAGUCACUGCCAUCCGUCCCGAGCUCGAAUCCGGCGCCUCUCCAUGCAUCCUCUGUACCAGUCCUGGGUGAUCGCAGCUGUCCAGGGCAACAAUGAAGUGUCCAUGUGGGACAUGGAGACGGGCGACAGACGGUUCACGCUCUGGGCCAGCAGUGCCCCACCACUGUCCGAGUUACAGCCUUCUCCUCACAGUGUCCAUGGUAUCUACUGUAGUCCUGCCGAUGGAAACCCGAUCCUGCUAACAGCUGGUUCAGACAUGAAAAUCAGGUUUUGGGACUUGGCUUACCCAGAGAGGUCCUAUAUUGUUGCGGGAAGUACUAGUUCACCGUCUGUGUCCUACUACAGGAAAAUAAUUGAAGGCACUGAAGUUGUUCAGGAAAUUCAGAAUAAGCAGAAGGUAGGACCCAGUGAUGACACCCCUCGGAGGGGACCGGAGUCUCUGCCUGUGGGACAUCAUGACAUCAUCACCGAUGUCGCCACAUUCCAGACGACACAGGGCUUCAUUGUCACUGCAUCUAGAGACGGAAUCGUUAAGGUGUGGAAAUGAACGCCUGGUGAUCUUGUAUAGUUUGUAAUAACAUAACUCAAAACUAUAGCAUAACUCAGAACUCAAAACAGAAGGUAUUUUUAGAUAACAUAAGCGAGAAUGCGUUCAUUUGCUUAUAUUUAAAAUCAUGUUGCUGUUUCAUGAUUGAACAUGUCCCACCCACGGUGGUUAAAGGAAGUUGCACUUAGCUAGGGUACUCUUGUAUGUCUCUGCAAGAGGCAGCCAGAUGACAGUGUCUGAGGCUUUGUGACUUUGUGUCAUUGAAACGAGGAAUUGAAAAUGUUAAGACUUGAAGAGCUCUGUUUACUUUGUAUUGAAAAAGAUGCUUGUAAGCUAUUAUAAUAAAGACAUUUUUGCUAUCAAAAUGCUAUUCAAGCCAGUCAAUAAACUAUAUUGAAACUUCUAACGGGCUUUUUUGGUUGGUGUUUGAAGCUUCAGAAAAAGACUAAAGUUUCUGUUCUAUUUGCUUUCAAGAAUUGGACUUAGUGACAGAAGGAUAUUUUCUGCCCACGUUUCUGUGUUGUGCUCUUUCUGCCUUAUCACCCAGUUUCUUAAACUGGGGCAUAGCCCCAUAUGUUGCUUAACUGAGCGGGUGGAUGUCCACGUAAAGUUAGAUAACAGUUAAAUGUUUCUGAAGACACAUUAUCAGAGGUUAAUUCAAAAUCACUGUAAUGCAAGCAGCUCUCCCAUGUUGCAGUUUUGGGGCACAAAGGAUCCGAGUGGAAAGUUUUAAGAAGUCGUGUUUUCUCUUACCUUUCUCCCUGUGCGUGUAUUGUCUGCUUGUGAUUUCUGACACUAUAGACUCAAUCUCUUACAUAUCAGAUCGACAGACAUGUUGCCUCUUCCUGGCCAUCAUUACUUUUUCUUUUUAUAGACUAAGGAAUUCUGAAAGUUGGCUCCUCAGCUUGCUUUGAACUAGAAUUUUUAAUAUGUAUUAAAAAUUAUUUCAUGCAUAUAGAUAGGAAAAUAAAGGAAUUAAAAUGUUGGAAAUAGCAAAAUUUAAGGAUUAUUGGAGACCAGUCUGUUUUUACUCUGUUUGCCAUCCACUUGCAGAGAGGUAUAUGAUACUAAAAAUAAUCUGGGCUGGAUGGGGCUGGAGAGAUAGCACAGCGGGUAGGGCGUUUGCCUUGAACGCGGCCGACCCGGGUUCGAAUCCCAGCAUCUCAUAUGGUCCCCUGAGCAUCGCCAGGAGUAAUUCCUGAGUACAUGAGGCAGGAGUAACCCCUGUACAUCGCUGGGUGUGACCCAAAAAGCAAAAAAAAAAAAAAAAAAAAAAUUGGGCUGGCAAGGUAGCACAGCAGGUAGGGUGCUUUCCUUGCACACAGCUGACCUAGGCUUGAUCCCCACCCCCACGUACCAUCCCCCGAGCCGCACUAGGGGUGAUCUCAGUGCACAGAGCCAGGAGAAAACCCUCAGCACCACUAGGUGUGGCCCCCAGCCAGAAAAUAUUUACAUAUCUAUUCAUCUAUCCAUAUAUGUACAUACAUACAUGUAUAUAUGUACAUCUAGUUUGAAAUUAAUAAUAUGAUUGCACAACACAAAGGUGAAUAGUCUAGGGAAAAUACUAAUGAGAAAUAUUCCAAAAUUAAUUUUUCUAUGACAUUAAUAUAGCUAUGGUAGUGCAGCAUGCAACAUUGUGUCUAACUUCAGUAACAAAUACUCAGGAGUGAAACUGGAAACUCCCUUUAUGGAGAAAGGCCCAGGUCAGGAGUGACUGAUGGCCUCUGACCAGACCAGCUAUCUUACAGGGUUGACAAGUUUGACGUGGACAUAGCAUGCCUCUGUUUCCCUUAAAGCCUGAUUGUGCCACAUUUACAGAAUUUCGAUUAUUUUUCUUGUUUGUUUUUGUGCCACAAUUGGCUGUGCUGAAGGAUUAUUCCUAACUCUGUGCUCAGUGAUUAUUCCUGGUGGGGCUUGGGGGACCAUAUGGGGUCCUGGGGAAUAAAACCUGGGUUGGCCGAGUGCAAGGAAAGUUCAUUAUCUGCUGUGCUAUGCUCAGACCCCUCUACAGAGUUUCUAACUUCUAAGUAAGAGAAUCUGCAAAAUUAGGGGAAUUUUUUCUCUUUUUGAGCCAUAAACUGUCAUCUUGAAAAUGGACAUGAAAGCCUGUUGCCAUUGUGUGUGACUGUGAUAUUUAGCCUUUCUACACCUGCAGGCUGCUAAGGCAGAAAUAAAAGCAUUAUAGCAAGAAGAUACAUCAGUAUUUAUAAUCGGUAUUUGUACGUGAUCCAGGCAUACCAUGUGUGAAGUGAUGAUAACUUUCAUGGACUAGCUGGAAAUUUCUGCAAACCAGCACUGGAAGUUGAAUGUCUGUUGUAGGGGCCGGAGAGGUAGUGCAGUGAGUAGGGUGUUUUCCUUGCACAUGGCCAACCUGGAUUAGAUCCCUGGCAUCCUAUAUGGUCCCCUGAGCUUGUUAGGAGUGAAUGCUGAGCUCAGCCAGGAGUAACCCCUGAGUGCAGCCGGAUGUGACCCUAAAACAAAGAGUGAAAUGUCUGGUAUAAACUAUAAGACUUCUAAGCCUGCUAAGGAAAAACAUUCCAAGCUUCUGGACGAUAAAGUCUCUUCCCCCAAUCUCUGCCCCAGAAAAAAAUCUCGCUUUAAAGAUAGUCUUUUUUCUUU